UGUUGCCAGAUUUUUGACAUUUUUGACAUUAAACAAUGAUGAGCGUCAUUAUAUUGACGCUCAUCAUUGUUUGUAUCCAGCAUCGCGGAAAAAGUGAAGAUGAGCAAACUGAACCGUGUAACGGUACGUCGGCUGUUUCGGUAUUAAACGUUCAGAACUUGUAAAUACUCUCCGCUACUCGUUUCCUGGGUCGCAGUGACGUCACGUCUCCUAGAAUCGUAAUAAACAACCGUAAUGAUGUAACUCGUCGAUCUUAAUCUUCUUUAAAGCCGAUGAUCUGCGACUCAUUAAAGCGGCUUCAUGUUUGUUCUGCUCAGUAUUUACUGUAAGAAAUGAAUAAACUGACGCUUAGUGACGUUUCCUUCACUGCUCUGACUUGUUUUGGUUCCGUGGACUCAUAAAGUGGAUCAAUGAGUAAAAUGAAGCAAACAAACAGUGACUGAACUUAACACCUGAAUGAACGGCUGAAGUGAUGAAAACCGUCCAGCAGAGGGCGCUCUAACACCACCACAGAUCGUCCGGACCUUUUUGUCCUGACCCGGUUCUGCUGGCUCCUCCCUGUGGGUCCUGGUGCUGCUUAGUGUCUCUUCAUAUGCAUCCUGCUGAACCGACCGCUCAGCGUGUGCUGUCUCCACCUCUGACCCUGUGACCCUACGAGCAGAAGCUGCCAUGAUGGAUGACGGCACCGACCGGAGCAGAACCUUUUACAUGGACCCAGACCCACAUGUCUGUGUGUGGAGCGCUGACCCGUGUGUCAUGACGUGGAGCUGCUGCUUGGUUCAGAUGGACCGACGGGACCCGGCCCAUCACGUGUGUGUAACAUGGCUGGUGUGAGCGGAGGCAGAGCUGAAGGCGCUCACACUCAGGAAGUGGAGCAGCUGCAGCGAGGAAGAAGCUGAGCUCUGAUCAGAGCCUCGUAGGAUGGAGCCGACGCGUCUUCACUGGCUGCUGGUGGCGGUUCCUCUGCUGUGCAGCACAACGGACCAAGCUCGUCUCACUGUGAGUCCCAGCAGGUCCCAGUUCUUUAAACACGAGUCUGUGUCUCUGAGCUGUGAGGACGACGGAUCUGGAGGAACGAGACUGAGGAGGAACACCAGCAGAAAAUAUAUGGCUUCAUGUGGAGAUGAAUGGGGAAAAUCAUCUGGUUCCUCCUGUCACAUCAGCUACAUUGAAGUAUGGGACAGUGGAGUUUACUGGUGCGAGUCCAGCUCUGCCUCCAGCAGCAGCAGCAGCAGCAGCAGCAGCAGCAGCAGCAGCAGCAGCAGCAGCAGCAUCAACAUCAGUGUCUCUGGUGGAUCAGUGAUCCUGCAGAGUCCUGUCCUCCCUGUGAUGGAGGGACAUGAUGUCACUCUGCACUGUCAAACAAAGAGCCCUCCCUCCAAGCUCCCAGCUGAUUUCUAUAAAGAUGGCUCCCUCAUCAGGACUGAGCCUACAGGUCACAUGACCAUCCACCGUGUCACCAAGUCUGAUGAAGGAGCCUAUAAAUGCAGCAUCCAGGCUGGUGGAGAGUCUGCGUCCAGCUGGAUGCUGGUCUCAGAGAAGCUCGUCUCCACGUCUCCUCCUCUGAACUCUUCCACUGACUCGUCUUCUGGGUCGACGCCUUCAGAACUGGCGCCUCCUCCGUCCUCCGUGUUGUUGUUUGUUCCGUUGGUCUUCUCUCUGGUUCUGCUCUUUGUCCUGGUUCUGCUGGCGGUGCGAUGUGACUGGAGGAAGCGGAGGCUUCAGACACAGAGUCCUGUGUUGUUCACUGUGGAGGUAAAAGCAGCCGAGGACGACGUGGAGGAGCGUCUCACAUACAGCGACGUCAGCUUCCUGCAGUCUGAAGCCGCUGCGACCAGGCUGAGCACAGACUUCUCACCAGAGACGGGCGUCGUCUACUCCUCACUGAGCUCCAGCUUCACAGCUUCUCACCCCUUCACCCACUGACUGAACCGACCUGCUGGUCCUUCAGGUUCAUCCUGUGCUACUAGUUGAGUCUCUGACCCGGUAAAACCUCGUCUCCGUCGUCUCUGCGGUUCAGUUUCACGCAGCUCUGACUGGAACAUGUGCCCUGCUCUAGUUUACGGUGGCGCCUGCACCACUUUGCACUGAAGACACAAACCACAGCUGCAGCCUGUGAGCGGCGUGGACAUCACCUCAGGCUUCCUCUGUAACUGGGUCUGAGCCUUCCCUCAAUAAAGACAAUACUUCAACUGUC